CCAUCGUACACUUUUCUUAUUCUUAAUUCCAACCUUUUUCUACAAAAAUGAAAUCUCUGAAUAUGAGAAAGGGUGCCCUCUUCCUUGUCCUAACUGCAAUUCUCGCUGGAACCAUGCCGGGAAAUGUACUGGCUCAAAAGUGUGGCUGUGCAGCUAACGAGUGCUGCAGCCGGUGGGGCUACUGUGGCACUGGUAAGGAUUAUUGUGGAGCCGGCUCCGGCUGCAAGCAGGGCCCUUGCAUCACUAAUCAUGUUUCAGUGCCUGAUGUGGUUACCCAGGCAUUCUUCAACGGGAUUUUGGGUCAGGCAGGUGCCAACUGUGUGGGGAAGAACUUCUACACCCGGGAAGCAUUUCUUGAAGCUCUUAAGGCCUAUUCUAAGUUCUCAAAGUCAGGCACUGCCGACGAUGCUAAAAGGGAAAUUGCAGCUUUCUUUGCACAUGUCACUCAUGAAACCGAUCGGUGGAUAUCAAUUUGCAUGAAACUGAGAGAGAUGAGAGAGAGAGGUAGAGCGAGAGAGAGGGGUGGUGAUCGUCGGGGCCGGGAAAGAAGGACGGUACAGAGUAUUGAGCAUGCAAGAUCCAGCGGAAGAUUUCAACAGAGAUGGACUGAAUCAGUGAAACAGAGGAGAACAGAUUGUGGCCAGGAUCAACAUCAGAAGCAGAGGAUAGGAGGAGCAUAUGACAGGGGCUUGUACAAACAAGCCACACCUUACUUCUUCACAAAUUUCCCAGAUGAUUGGUGUUACGCAGAUAUGUGGAGAAUUUUUCUGAAAUUUGGAAGAGUUUUUGACAUAUACUGUCCAAAUAGGAGAAGCAGAAACGGAGGAAGGUUCGGCUUUGUAAGGUUCUUGGACGUGAAGGACAAGAGGGAUUUGGAAAGACAACUGGACCAAAUUUGGGUAGGAGACAGAAAAUUAUGGGUGAACUACCCACGUUAUGAAAGCUCUCAGAAUCAGAAACAAGGAGGGGAAUACAGAGCCAAUCAAGGAGCACACAUAAGAACUCAGAAUAGAAGCUAUGCGGAAGUAGUAAAGGGUUAUCAAGAAGAAAAGAAAGAAGAUAAGACAGGAAAGCAGCUACAGAACAACCAUAGCUGGCCGAGGAUGAACAAAAAUAGAAAUUCUCACAUGGAUGGCAUCAACGACAACAGAAAAAUCUGGAAAGAAAAGGGAGUGGGAGAAAAAUGGUCGGGAAUAGAAUACAAUACCAACUUAGAAGACGAAAAAUGGCUAGAAGGUUGCUAUGUGGGGAUCACACACUCCGUUGAAAUGGUACGGAACUUGCAGGAAAAAUUCUAUUUGGAAGGAUACUUUUGGUGCCGCAUCCGAGCAAUGGGAGGCAAAAUGGUUUUACUGGACAGUGUUGACAAAGAUGAGUUGAAGGACUUGGUGGAGAUGGCUUCAGAGUGGCUAGCACAAUGGUUCGAAGGAGUUAAACUGUGGACUCCAGACAUGGUUGCUACAGAGAGAUAUGCAUGGAUUAGAUGCCAGGGGGUUCCACUCAACGCAUGGGAAACAGAUUUUUUUGAGAAAAUGAGCUGCUCAUGGGGGAAAUUUAUUUGCUUGGAUGACAGCACAAGCAAAAAAAGAAGGUUUGAUAUUGCGAGAUUCUUGAUCUCGACUCCGAUCAUGAACUCCAUAUCAGUUAUGAGACAAGUUAAAAUUAAUGGGUCUCUGUACAACAUCAAGUUCACUGAGGAAGAAUUCACAAAUAAUUUUUUCUCCUUGAAAGAAGACUUCUUGCCUAACUUCCAGAGUGAUUCCGAAGAGCAUGAGUCAUGGUCUUUAGAUAGUGAGGAGGAAGAAAAUGUCCAGGAAGCUAUAGCAGAGGAUGAUCAGGCGAGCGAAGAAGAUGGUGAAUCAGAAAAUGAAGUUAAUGACGUGGCAAACGGGGGGGUGAUGAGCAACGGUAAAAUUCAAAAUAAAGAGAAUCAGAAGAAGGAAAUGACAGCACAAGAAGGAAAUGAUAGCAUUGACCAAUUUCAAAUUUUGAAUGAAGAGGAGGGUAGCGUAGGGACAGAGAGGUUGAUACAGGAGCAUGGGAAAGCUGCAAAGUUAGACGUGGCUGAAAAAGUAAAAGAAACUCAAAUGGGCCAGUGUGAGCGGAUCAACUCUAAGCAGCAGGGGAAGCCCAUCAUAAUAGGAGAAAGCCCAGAGUAUGAGCAGUCAACAAACAUGGGCCAACCGAUCAAUUUAAGACCAGAAAGUAGUCCAAGCCAUGGAAAGAGCAAAGAUUUCUCUAGAUUCAGUUUGACGAAGACCGGAAGCAGCGAUGGUGAAGAAGUAGAUCUAUUCUGGAAAGGGCAUGAGACCGAUGAGGCUCGGCUACAGAAAUGGUUAAAGGACCGAAUGGAGGCAAAACCAAAGAAAAAAAAGAAGAAAAUCAGUCUGUGUUGCACGGUGUACCAAAAAUCAGCAGAUGCCGACAGAGGAAGACUGAGGGCAAGAGGUAGAGGAAAAAUCAGCAAGAAGCACAAAGAGGGGAGAACAGAACCGGAGUUUAUUGCAAGCCCAAAUGACGAAAUAGCAGAUGACUCAAUUGGAGAUAGUGGGAUCCAGAAUUGCAACAGAUUACUGCAGAAGCAAAUGAGAAAUCAACUUGCAAAGGAGAUAUGGGAGCUGGCAAAGCAAAUAGGGGUCUCGGCCGAGAAUGAGGAAGAGAUUAUGAGUCGUAUAGAAGAAAUGGAGAGCAGAGAUAGGCAAUCAAAGGCAAGCAUGGUGAACCGAGAAGCGGGUGACGCAAAGAAGGAAACAAAAAAGGAGUUUAUUGACAGGAGUAUAUGCAAAAGAAUAUGGGGUUCAGGAGAUUUUGAAUGGAUAUACAAACCAUCAAAUGGCAUGUCUGGAGGUCUUCUUUGUAUUUGGAACCCAAAAAUGUUUGAAAAAAAAGAGGUGCUGGAGGGAGAAAACUAUAUAGGAGUGUAUGGAUUAUGGGGUGAGGAACAAACUCCUGUGUAUAUAGUUAAUGUUUAUUCAUCCUGUAUUUUGGCGGGUAAAAGGGCAUUAUGGGAGGAAUUAUUGAACUUGAUUAGGAGCAGGAAAGGGAAUUGGUGUUUGGGGGGAGAUUUUAACGCAGUAAGAAGUGUGGAGGAGAGAGCAGGAAGUAAUGGGGUGUCCAAAGAAAUGGUGGAAUUCAACAAUUUCAUUCACGAUGCAAGAUUAGUGGAUCUACCAUUGACAGGGAGGAAGUAUACCUGGUACAAUUCCAAUGGACUAUACAUGAGCAGGAUUGACAGAUUUUUAUUAUCGGAAGAAUGGCUCAUGAAAUGGAAUGACAUAAGGCAAUGGGGGUUGAAGAGAACAGUGUCUGACCAUUGCCCCAUUUUACUUAAGGAAGAGAAGGUUGAUUGGGGGCCCAAACCAUUCAAGUUCUUCGAUGCUUGGCUGGAACAACCGGGAUGUGUGGAGAUGAUUCGAAAUGUGUGGAAUUCAGCUGAGAUUAAAGGCUGGAAAGGAUAUAGACUUAAAGAGAAAUUGAAGAAAACAAAGAAAGCUUUAAAGGAGUGGAGUGGUAACUCUAUGACAGAAGUGGACAAAAAAAUUAAUGAAGCUGAAAUGGAAAUAGCUGCACUGGACAGCAAAGGAGAGAAUUCUCAACUAUCUACAGAGGAGGUGGAUCGAAGAAAAUGUUGUUUUCUUCAACUUUGGGAGAAUUUAAAAAUCAAAGAAAGCAUGUGGCAGCAAAAGUCAAGGAAGAUGUGGCUAAAAGAAGGAGACGCCAACACCAAAUUUUUUCAUAGAUGUGUGAAGAACAGAUGGAGGAGAAAUGAAAUUUCUAGUAUCCAGAUUAAGGACAAAAGGUGUGUGGGAGUGGCUGAAAUAAAGGAGCAGGCUGCUCAAUAUUUUGAGGAGAUGUUUGCAGAAGAAAAAUGGCAAAGACCAAAACUUGACGGCAUCAAAUUCAAACAAAUCUCCCAGGCAGACAAUGACCUCCUAAUGGCAGCAUUCAGCGAGGAGGAAAUCAAGAGUGCAGUGUGGGAUUGUGACUCCACAAAAUCACCAGGACCAGAUGGGUUCAAUUUCAAAUUCAUAAAGACCAUGUGGGAGGAUUUAAAACCAGAUAUAGUUGGGUUUAUCCAGGAAUUCCAUGAGCAGGGUAGACUGGUCAGAGGAUCAAACUCUUCAUUCAUUGUGCUGAUUCCAAAAGUUGAGAACCCUCAAAGAAUUGAAGAGUUCAGACCCAUCUCACUUAUCGGAGUCAUGUACAAGAUUGUAGCAAAGCUGUUAGCAAAUCGCCUUCGAAAAGUGCUGGAUGGGGUGAUCGGAGAACAGCAAAUGGCUUUCAUUGAAGGGAGACAGCUGAUGGAUGGAGUAGUCAUAGCAAAUGAGGUAAUAGACGAGGCGAAAAAGAAGAAGAUGGAAAGCUUUUUAUUCAAAGUCGAUUUCGAAAAAGCAUUCGACAAGGUGUGUUGGGAAUUCAUUGAUUACAUGCUGUCUAGAUUGGGAUUUAAUAUCAUUUGGAGGGGAUGGAUUCAAGAAUGCUUACAGUCAAGCAUGAUCUCGGUCCUCAUCAACGGAAGCCCGACAAGACAAUUUCGUGUUGGCAAAGGGUUAAGACAAGGUGACCCACUAUCUCCUUUCUUGUUCCUAAUUGUGGCGGAGGGUCUAAAUGGACUAAUGUCUUCUGCGGUUGAGAAGGAGCUUUACAAGGGAGUGAGGAUUGGCAACGGAGCAACAAUAGUGUCCCACCUACAAUUUGCAGAUGAUACUAUUUUCUUCGGAGAGGCAACAGAAGACAACAUAAGGGUGGUUAAAUGCAUCAUGAGAAUCUUUGAAAUGGCGUCAGGGUUGAAAAUCAAUUUUGGGAAGAGUCAACUGAUGGGUGUGGAGGUGGAUAAUGACUGGAAGGACAGAAUGGCUUGCAUUUUAUGCUGCAAAAAGGGAAAAUUUCCUUUUAAAUACCUGGGAGUUCCGAUUGGGGGGAAUCAUAGACGGUUAGCAAUGUGGCAGCCACUGUUACGAUCAUUUACAAGGAAGCUAUCUAGCUGGAAAGGACAAUAUCUCUCUUUCGGAGGCCGGAUCAUGCUCAUUAAUUCUGUACUGUCUAGUCUGCCCGUCUUCCUGAUGUCGAUAUACCGAAUUCCCUCAGUUGGAAUAUCAAUUUUCCAAGAAAUUGAAUUAAAGAUGCGGGCAGGGGUGCGGCUUUAUUGCUACAUCCCUCGCCGAGCCGUGGAGAGGAGGAAGUACCCGGAACUGAAAUAUGAGUUGUAAACACUAAAACCACUUGGUGGGUGACACAUCAGAAAGGCUCAUGGUGGGUACCCACAAAUUUUGUGUUGUGUACUAGGAAUGGUGCUCCAUAAGUAGGACUGAGCUGGACUCAGCCUGCUUGCAAUGCAUUCACCAUGGACAGCCCAUCUAAUUUAGGGAUACAAUAGCCCUAUUUGCAAAAAUCUGACAAGCUUUGUUUGGAUUCUGUAAAAUGUAAAAACAAAAUUUUGAAUAAAAGUGCUUAUGGACG